CGCUACUGCUCGCUCUGUUCUGUGAUCAUGGCUGCACUGGACCACACCAGCCAUGUUUGCUAAUUUAAAACCCAAAGGUUAGGUUAGGGGGGGAAUUAGUUGUUUUAUAAUUUACCGCUGUGCCAUCUUCACCCGCAUAUCCGCUGUUUAUACGAAGGUUUAGAGGCAUCCGCGACUUCGACAACAAAAAAAAAAACAUCCAAGGAACUAAAAAAAAAAAAAAAAAGGUUGGAUAAGCUUUAAAUAUAACGAGAGAAACUUUUGAUGGUGGUGGUAGUGGAAGGGGGUGGAAGAUGAUGCUCCACAACAACAAAAAAAAAAACAACAACAACAAAAAAAUGUGUGUUUGUGUGCGUGCAGCGUAAACAAUGUAACUUCAUCUGGCUGCUAGCUAACGUUAGCUCCCCCCCCCUUCGUUGAACAAAAGGCAGCACGCCUCCCAUCUGCUAACAAGCGGAUCUGAGUGACUUAACGUGUAUUUUCACUAUCAACACACACCGGCUGGUUAUUUUUUAUAUUCUUCAUCCGCGGCACCUCCUCUCCUCCUCCUCCUCCUCCUCCGACGGGCGUCAUGGAUCCAAACCAGCGUGGUUGCGGUACCUGCUACCUGGCUAACAGCUAACAUCGCAGCUUAAGCGCCGUAGCGUCUCUUACUCUGGAUGGAGUCAAAUAAUCAUUUCAACUAUGACACCCACUCCUCAGCAAACUCAGGACUGAAACUCUCCUCAGGGGAUUCUCUUUAUACUAACGGGUCCUCCAUGAGUUUUCCUCAGCAGGGGAAGACAGAUAUGAAUGGCGAAAUGAAUGUGAAUGGCGUCACUACUGUACUUGGGUCCAGUGUACCUGGUUCCCACCCACCAACUGCUCCUUACCCACACAUGAGCAACCACCACCAGAGCAGCAUGGGCUAUGACUACUUGUGGGGGGGACACCCUCAGUAUGGUCCCGCCAUGGGCACCUCUCCUGGGCACGGGAUGCACCAGAAGCAGCCUACACCUGGGAUGGUGCAGCCUCAGUCACAGCACCACUUCCAGGGUCAUGGACAGUACCAACUGAAUGGGGGUAUUGAGAGCUCCCAUCAGCCCCCUGUGGCAGGCCCACCAAACAUGCCUCUUACUGGGAGUCAGUACUGGAACAGGAGUAACCCUGGGCCACAGCAGAUAAGUUAUAAUUCCCACAGUAUGUAUGGGACAUACCAGAGUCAGGCACAUCCUGGAAUUACACCGUCACAGCAUCACCAGCAACAGUCCUUACAACCGCCCACGCAUCAACCAUCACAGCAGCACCUCCACUCCCAUCGGCACCCACCCCAUCACCACCAGCAGCACCAGCAACCACAGCAUUAUGGCUUGAUGCCUAAUGGGAUGCCCUACUACCAGCAUCAACCCCAGCACCCGUCCAUACCAUCUCUCCAGCAGCAGCAGCAGCAGCAGCCACCACAGCAGUCUCCGGCCCAAGGCCAGGCUCAGAUGAUGCCCCCAGCUGCCCAGAAUUUUACUCCUCCACGUGGCAGCCCACAGCACCACAGUUUAGGCAGAGGGGGCACAGGUAGCCCUCUCCCUGUGGGGAUGUCCUCAGCCACAAUGAUGUCACCGUCAACAGGGCAGGAUAAUGGAUCACCCAAGGGCCCCAACAGGGAACGGAGCCCCCAUACAAGCAAUGUGGGAAUAUCUCCUGUCAUGCAAGGCCACACAAGAGAAGCUGUCAAGGAAGUAGACACAAGCUAUAAUGGCAUGGAAAGGGCAUCUCUUGCCCAGAGGCUACCCAAAAGUGACGGUUUCCAACCCAAACCUGUGGGACCAACAAGUGACUAUCGUCAGCAUUCUGAACAGCCUUCAGCUCAGCAUCCAGAAAUGGUGUCCCCUGUCAGAGAAUCAGCCAUGAAUACACCUCCCCACUCUGUGUCGUCUCAGCUCUCUGCUUCUACGUCUCCCGCAGCAGUGUCAUCGUCUCUAACCAAGGCCUCAACACCUCCUCGGGUCUCUGCAGCUCCUGCUGUCUCUGAGUCCCCCACAUUGGUCCCUGGGCCCCCUGUAGUGUCAUCCCCUGAUUUAGAACCCACUCCACCACAAAUCUCAACACCUGCUCCUCCUCCCAGACUUUCCUCACCUCCUCUAAUGAUGCAAGGCCUCAGGCCAGAGAUACCCCCUGCUGGAUCCAAGAAUCUGUCAGUGGGGUCCUCUUCCUCCUCCCCCCUGCCUGCAUCACCUCCAAAGUUGUCUACACCUCUUGCGUCGACUGAGGGCGUGUCGAGACCUGCAGCAGUUUCGUCAGUCUCUUCUGUCUCUGAGUCUGUGGCUCAUCAGAUCAAGGCUUCAUUGCCUCCUACAGCUUCUGGAACUCCUACAGCUAUCUCCCCUCCUGCCCUAGUGUCCACGUCUUCUUUCUCAGCAUCUGCACCCAUCUCAUCUCUUCAGCAGAUGGUUCAAGGGUCCAGGUCGCCUCUUAUGACAUCUGGAGCUCAGCAUGAAAAGCCUGGACCCCCCAAAUUACUUAAGGCCACUUCAUCAGUGGGUGCGAAUUCCUCCUCUGCUGGUGUGGCUCCCCCUCUAAUGUCAGUAUCAGGACCUUCAACCUCAGCACCACCUGGGUCUUGUUUAUCAACAUCUGCAUCUCCCAUGUCUGUGUCCAAAAUUCCUUCAGUCAAUAAACCUUUUGACCCAGUGCCCGCAAUCCAGCGACAGACAUGCACUCCUCCAGCUGCUGACUCUGGUCUAGCAUCAUUACCACCAGGGGCAGUGAACCUACCCUCCCUAGCAGCCCAUGAAAGUCCUACAGUCCGACCUCUGUCUACCCUACCUCUUCUAACCACUCAAGCCUCCAGGACUGCACCCGUGUCCGCCCCUCCUGCCUUGGUGUCUGUGCCUCCUGCAAUGGGUACGUCUUCUGGAGUGGUUCAAGUUUCAGACUCUGAGCAGCAUCCUCCUAACACCACUCCUCCUCAUAUGCUAAAGCAGUUGUCUCCCAAACCAGAGCACCAUGGUCAUAGUGAGGAUAGGAAAGCGUUGGUUAAUAAAAGAAACGGAAAACCAGAGGAACACUAUCCUCAGCUUGAUUCGGGCACGAGACGGACAUCACAGAAGGUGGAAGCUAUUGAGACUAAUAAAUCAGAAAUUUGCUCACCCAAAUCCCUCUCUGAUCUUCCUGGAAAACCCUUGCAGACGACAGUCGCUCCUGAUCAAAAGCCAGAGAAUAAAGAGACAGAUUCUGGAAAGCACCACAUGCAAAGCAGUGUCUCCAGUGAGUCAGAGGAUUCCAUGAUGGAGCAGACUCCGCUCAGAAAGUCUUCACAUCUCCACAGCACAAGGGUAGAACAUCUGACCGAUGAAGAAAGUUUUGAUAACUCUUCACAGUUUGAUGGUAACUCAACAUUUAACACCCCGUCAAGAAUUGAUGUCAGCUCUGUCUUGGAAAAGUCCUCUCUUGUAGAUGACGAUAGCUCGUGCGUAGAUGACUCCACUCACUUUGACAACAGCUUUCACCUGAGAAAGGACACUUCUCAGUUUGACAGCACUUCCCAUGCAGAAGAGGAACAAUCUACUGCCUUUGACACCACUAGAGAUAGCAACUCCUCAGUGGAAGACUCCAGAGAUGACACGUUGGACUCCACCAGGGAAAGGGAAAUGUCUGAGGCAGAAGAAACCAAGGACAGCUGCCAGAUCACAGGAGAAUCGGGGCUGGAGUCUUCUCUUAAUAACACCUCCCAGAUGGAGGAGCCCUCUAUCGACUCAAGUGAUGUGUCCAACUCAUUUGUGAGAUCUAAGUCAGAUAGUCAAGUGGCUGAAGCAGAGUGGGAGCCCAGAGGACAUGAUACACCAGACUCAGCAGGACGCAUUAGCAUUAAAACCACUAUUAAUGAGACAAUGACUCCCCCGAGUUUCAAGAUGAGAGAUGAGAACUUCAUCGCCUUCAGUACCCCAGCAGAGGGCCCUGCUGUACACCCACUCCAACCAGUAACUGAUCAGAUAGUGUCAGCUGCUGGAGGACAACUGAAAACCCCAGGGAAACCACGCAAACCUCGAGCUCCAAAGGCAAUAUGGACUAAAACCCCAGCUCCUGGGGAGGCCCAGCGAAAGUCUCGGGUACGAACUCCUAAAGUGGAGAAGACCAAUGAAGAGGGAGGCGUUAAAGAGGAAGGACCCAAGGGCAGAAAGAGGAAGAAGCCGGUUAAGGUGGAUGUCAAAGAAACAUCAGCUGUAUGUGGAGAGGCUGGGCAACCCGCAGGAGAGGUUGAUCCAAUCACAGCCACAAUUGAAGCUGUUCUGGCCAACGCUUCAGCUAUUAACACAGCAGUCGAGAAACCCAAGAAGGUGAAACGGGCCAAGAAACAAGACCAAGAUGGAACCGUGGCAAAAACAGCUAAACAAGAUGCUGAAAAAACUGCUGAUGACGCUGAUGAAAAUGAUGACAGCUCCACUGCAGGUGAAUCUAACAGACGAAGGGUUGCAACUGAGGAGCAGGUUCAGUUCCCACUGCAGCAUGGUUGGAGGAGGGAGAUUCGUGUGAAGAAAAUGGAGAACCGCAUGAAAGGUGAAACCUGGUAUUACACACCUUGUGGAAGGAGGAUGAAGCAGUUCCCAGAAAUAAUCAAGUACUUGAAGAGACACACGGACAGUGUGGUCACCAGAGAACACUUCAGCUUCAGCCCACGCAUGCCUGUUGGGGAUUUUUAUGAAGAAAGAGAAAGUCCUGAGGGUAUGAAGUGGGUCCUCUUGGCUAACGAGGAAGUUCCCUCUAUGAUCAUGGCCAUCACUGGCCGGAGAGGUCGACCUCCAAACCCUGAUAAAGAGAAACCCCGCAGGGUUCGUGGCCUUAAGGGAGGGCAGGCUCGUCGCCCUGGUAGACCUCCCAAACCCAAGAUGAUUGACCUCCUCAGCAAAGUUGAUGCCAAGCUUUUGAACCGACUUGAGGCCAAGGAAGCUCUCACGGAGGAAGAAAAGGAGAAACUUGCAAAAAUCAAAAAGAAAAUGAAGAGAAAGGCAAGAAUGAAGAGAAGGGAGGAUGCGAAGAUCAAGAAGAUGAAAGAGGAAAAGAAGAAAGCCAAGCUUGAGCAAGAGGCCAAGGACCAAGAGGUGAAGGCUGAACCAACCGACCCGACAGCCCCACAGGUCACACAGCCAGCAUCAGGGUCCACUGCGGAGCCCAAAAAGCCUGGCCGCAGGAGGUCAGUUAAGGUUGAGGUUCCUCCACCAAUACAGCAAACUGAUGAAGAGAGGAUAGCGCAGGGUAAGAGGGUGCUGGGUGCUCGGAGCAAAGCCAAGGCUCUGGCUAAAGCCCAGGCAGAGGCAGAGGCGGCAGCUCAGGCUGCUCUGUCAGCUAAGAGAGCAGCAGAGAGGAGAGCACAGGCCCAGAGACGUCUGGAGGAGCGGAAGAGGCAGCAGCUGAUCGCGGAGGAACUGAAGAAGCCAACAGAGGACAUGUGUCUCACUGACCACAAACCCCUACCAGAGCUGUCCCGUAUCCCUGGCGUCGUUCUAUCUGGCACGGCGUUCGCUCACUGCCUGGCUGUAGUUGAAUUCCUACAUGGCUAUGGAAAGGUGAUUGGUCUCAAUGUACCCAAGGACAUCCCCAGCCUUGCUACCCUGCAGGAGGGCCUCUUAGGCCUGGGUGAUAGCCAAGGGGAGGUCCAGGACCUACUGAUAAAGCUGGUGGAGUCUGCACUCCAUGAUCCAGGCCUGCCAUCAUUUUAUCAGUCUGUAAAGAUCCUUGGGGAUAAGCUGGUUGAGUUGGAGCUGACCCGCAGCACAGUCUCAGAAGUACUUCGCAUCUUCAUGGAAUCUCAUGGUUAUGAUACAGAAGUGUGUAACACAAUGAGGACCAAACCAUUUCAUGCUCUGUCUCCUGACACCAAGGCAGCCAUCCUGGGUUUCCUGGUGGAAGAGCUCAAUAGCAGCAACAUUGUGACAAGUGACAUUGACAACACAUUAGAAAACAUGGCAACUUACAGGAAGAACAAGUGGAUCAUUGAGGGGAAGUUGCGCAAACUAAAGGCUGUACUAGCACGUCGUACAGGACGCUCGGAGGAAGAGCUGUGUUUUGAGGAGAGGAGGCGUAGUGCCAGAGUCGCAGAGGAAGAGAACCUCAGUCUGGAGGAGAGUGGCCUGGAGAGAGGCAACCGCCGUGCACGCAAAGAAGAACCCAAACUCAGUGAUACUGAGAGUCCUACCACUGCCAGCAUUCCAGAGCUUGAAAGGCAGAUAGAUAAGCUAACCAAGCGACAAGCAUUUUUCCGCAAAAAGCUGCUACAGUCGUCUCAUUCCAUGCGGGCCACAUUACUGGGCCAGGAUCGCUACCGGCGCAGAUACUUGGCGUUACCUCACCUUGGAGGAGUUCUGGUCGAGGGGCCAGAAGAGCUGUUGACCUGUGGAGAUGUCCUUGUAGCAGAGGUUCCUGUCACCUUCCUCAAAAAGGAGCCCAAAGUAGAAGAGACUCCCAUGCCUACAACUCCCCCUCCUACUCUUCCUUCCUCUCCUUCCUCUGCUACCCCUGGCCAGGCCAAGACCGAGACUUUGUCUCCAGAGGAGGACCCCCUCCCUGGCACCGCAUCCCUCAUGAGCAGGCCAAGAGGACGAGGCCGCCCCCGAAAAAUCAAACCAGAAGUGGAGCUUCACCUACGCACAGCAAAGAUUCGCCGUCGGCGUCGAAGUAGCGUCAGGUCUUGGGGCGAAGAAGGGCCAGGAUCACCAAAGGGUGCCACACAAGACCUCACACAGGCUGCUUUCCAGAGCUGGCUCAGCCAGUCACAGGAAGCAGUGACCAACGGCACAUGUUCAGCAGCAGGGGAUGCUCCAGAGGGUAAUCGGCCAGAGGAGAGCGUGAAGGAGAUGGCAGAGAAACAGGGACAGUGGUUCAACCUGCUCCCCAAACAACCGUGUGAUGAUAACUCUCUGACCGAGCCCCAAGUACCCACCUCACCCAGCUCGCCCCCUAAACUCCUUCCUCAGAUACAGAGUGCUCUGCCUGCACUCGCUGAUCCACUCCUGCAGCCGGACCCGCUCUUGCCUAGCCUGGCUCCUGCUGACCCUCUGACUUCAGCAACAUCACAGGACAUUCCUCCAACACUCCCUGCUGUCGCUGUUCCCGUUAAUGCCCCACAAGGUCCCCCUCAGCUUCUUGCAGCUCCCAUUCCUUCUGCAACGCCUGCUCCAACUACCCCCGCCAGGCCAUGUCGCAGGCGGAGGAGAGGUAGCCGAGGCAGUAGUCCUGCACGCAGAGGGGCAAGAGGAGCUGCAGCCAAGCGGCGUGGCCGCCCUCCCAACUCUGUGUUCCAGGAGCUCGAGCAGCAGUAUUUCACACAACUGGUGGUCAAGCCCAUACCAGCAUCGAUGGUGCGUGGUUGGUGGUGGAUCAAGGAUCCAGAGGAACUGUAUCACACCUUACAGGCUCUCCAUCCAAGGGGCAUCAGGGAGAAAGUGCUCCAUAAGCACUUGGCCAAACAUAUGGAGAGCUUGGCUGAGAUCUGCACCAAAUCCAUCAACGACCGUAUAUUUGAGUUGAAGGUAGAGGAGAAGGAUUUGCUAAUAGAGGCCCUGCAGCAGCCCUGGCAAGUGCAGGAAAAAGCAAUUGAGACUGACAUCAGUGCCCUACAGUGGGUGGAGGACCUGGAGCAGCGGGUCAUUGCCGCCGACCUCCAUCUCAAGGCGCUUCCCCAGGGUGCAGUGAAUGAUGCUGAAUCUAACACAGAGAUGCCAAUGGCAGAAUUUCAGCCCUACACAAUCCCAGAUCCAGACUCCACACGUGAUGACCUCCAGUACUAUGAGCAUGACGUCGACCCGCAUGAUGACUGGAUUGUGCGAACUAAGAAGGAGUGGUCUGGCCUGCCGCGUAUCGCCACGCACCCAGUGGACUUGGCCGUGCUGCGGUUGGCUAACCUCGAGCGUAACAUCGAGAGGCGCUACCUGAAGGAGCCGCUGUGGAACCCAGCUGAAGUGAUGCGCCUCGCUCCUCUCACUCCUACCCCAGGAGAAGAGCAUCCCAUGGAUGUCUUUAGUCUGGAAAGUGAGAUCACGUCUCGACUACGUACUUGGCGGCAGGCUCUGGAUCGCUGCCGCAGCGCUCCGCAGGUCUGUCUGUGUUUACUUCAGCUGGAGAAGGCCAUUGCUUGGGAAAGAUCUGUGACUAAGGUGACAUGCCAGGUUUGCAGGAAGGGAGACAAUGAUGAUUGCCUGUUGUUGUGUGACGGCUGUGAUCGUGGCUGCCACAUGUACUGCCUGAGGCCCAAAAUCACCCAGGUGCCAGAGGGAGACUGGUUUUGUCCUACCUGCGUUGCCCAGGAGGAAAGUGAUUCACCGCGCUCGUGCAAAAAGAGGACCAGGGUGAAAAAGAGAAGAUACGAAGAUGACAGCUCAGAUGAUGAGACGACGACAACGCGACGUAGUGGCGGCAUGGCAACACGAUACAAGGAGACUGUGGCUCCCUCCUCAUCUACCCGUAACUCUGGAGAAGGAAGCGCUGCUAAACGUCGUCGCAUGACAACCCGCAACCAACCUGACCUCACCUUCUGCGAAAUCAUUCUAAUGGAGAUGGAGGCUCACGCUGAAGCCUGGCCGUUCCUUGAACCCGUCAACCCCCGACUGGUGCCAGGCUACCGCCGUAUAAUCAAGAACCCCAUGGACUUCCUCACCAUGAGAGAGAGACUGCUACAGGGAGGGUACUGCAGCUGUGAGGAGUUUGCAGCAGACGCUCUGCUUGUCUUCAACAACUGUGAGCUGUUCAAUGAGGACACGUCGGAGGUGGGAAUGGCUGGACACUCCAUGAGGCGCUUCUUUGAGAGCCGCUGGGCGGAGUUCUACUCAAAUAAAGACAAAUAAGAGCCUAAGACGUUUCGGCUGAUGGUGGGGCUGUAUACUGUUGGUGCUGUCACCGUCCCAGUCACACUCUCUACAUUACUGCUAAGACUGUCUGGAGGUUCUUCCAGCUAUGUGUAUUCUCUCAUGUAUAGGUAUAUAUGUAUAGAUUUUGGCUAUUUGUCUGUUAUUGUUUCCUCUAUCGGCCUAAUCUUUUCCAGGCCCACAGAUAAACUGGCUUGAACUUGUACCCAUUCCCCACCAGAGAUGGUGCGAACACGUCUCUCUUUACUUCCUCCUUUCGUGUCUGCUCAUCUUCAUCUCAGCUCCUCAUCAUUUGCGUUCUCCUGUCACGUCCUUUCACAAGCCCCAUGUCGUAGCGAGGCCUUUGGUCAAGCCCCUGCCGUGUGGGCCGAUGACUCGGCCUCAGGCCCUGGGUGUUUCGGCUCUCAGACUCACACUGAAGGUCAGGGACUGAUCACACUAUUGCAGCCUAACUGCUGCAUACUGGACCUGCUUAGCACUGCUCGACGACAAAAUGGAUCAAAACUCUUCACAGAGCUCGGGCCAUUUCUUACCUGUUCAAUGGAAACGUAAUGUAACGUGGUCUUAUGCCUAGAAGUAAUUUUUUUGCUCAAUAUAUUUUUAUUAUAUAUUCUAUAUAUAAAUAUAUAUAAAGAUUACAAUAGCUGGGAUUAUUUAAUAGCAAUAGCUUGUAGUGAAUGUGUACAGAUUACCUUAUAGAGAUGUCUAGACGAUUUAUGAAAAGGCCAGUUAAACUAAAAGGCAUCUGUUUGGACUGUCACGAGUACACGUUGUAUAACCUCCACUUAAAGUCUUGCACGCACACAUACACACUUUUCACCAACACACAAACAUGCACACGAUUUCACUCACACACACACACACACACACACACCACACGCACACACACACACACCCACCUUCUGCUGCUGUGUGAAAGACACUGGUUUCUGAAACUGGAGGACUUUUUUUAAUGUUGGGUCAGUCAGUCUGGGCUUCGAUAUUUCACUGUCCCUCUUAAGAGUAAAUAGUCUGCUAGUUACACCUGAUCUGCGUCACAGACUGUAUACAACUGAAAGGAUGCUACUGCAACACACAGCUCACACUGAAAUGUUGCUCAUGUGGUAUGAAAUUGAUAAGAUAAGAUUGCAAAGCUUCAAAACUUCUCUUGAGCAAUUGAUGCUUGCUGAAAAUGACACUCGUACUUCCGUUUGUCUGUAGCUCGUCUUAAGGCGAAAACAUGUAAAGGUGGUCACGUGUGAGGCUGAAAUCCUCCCGUUUUAAAGAUUAGAAUUGCAAAGGAGCUCUGAUAAUGAGAUACUAGGCACAUUCCUGCCUGGUUUUCUGUCUUACAUUCCUUUUUAUUGAUUUUUGUGCUGUACAAGGGCCAAUGUUUGAUGUUGCGCGGCAUGGUUGGUGUGCUCUGAAGGCGACAGGACAACUCCACAGUCUGGGUUUUAUUUAAACAUGUUUCUUACACUGAACUCAAAUCCGUUGAUAGGAAAUAACCUUUGAUGUUCCUUAUUACACUUAAAGGGACAAGACGUUUUUUCAAAAAAAAAAAAAAAAGACAUGAAAACCAAAUGUGGUGUUAAGUGAAUUUUUAAUAAUGUACAGUUUUGGUGACUUUAAAUUUGUUCCUUUAUAUUUUUAGGACCAAUUCAUCAUUUUUAAGAGGAGGUAUUACAAGACUCUGUUGUAUUAAGGUGAUGUAACACGUGUGCAUCUGUAGAAUGUACUGUGAGUUGAAUAAAAACCACAUCUAGUAGAGAGUAA